AUGCCGGUCAGGUCACUCUCGUUAAUUCGUACGUUUAACGGGUUCAGGACGUCGUCGUAUCGGCCGGUCAGAUACGCGACGACAGUGUCGGCCACAAAGAACAGGUCCAAUGUUGAUUACCAGCAGACAGCGACGCCCAAGGAUGUGACACGACAACUCGACACUCUACCUUCUGACAUAUUGACAUUCCUGAUGGAAUGUCAGGCGUCGUCGGGUCAUGAUGCCAGCUCGGUCUUCACCGUGAAAGGUCUUCAGGACAUGGCCAAGUAUUACUUCGAAAAAUCUGGCAAAUUGAUUCGGCCGAAGAUCGCGUUACUGAUGAGCAAUGUUUGUAAUCAUCAAGCUAAAGGCGCUCAGUGAGUAUAAUAUUACUAUUUUAACAAUAUUUAUGUUUCAGUCGUUAUUGUUUUAGUACUGCUUUUGUAGUUUAGUUCGGUGUUUUAUGAAUCUUUUCUGAUAGCAAGGUUACAAUUGAACUGUUUCAGGCCUGACAUCGAUCUCGAAAAUGUAAUUAGGAACCAGUAUCGCAUCGCAAUGGUGGCUGAAAUGAUUCACACGGCUUCAUUGAUCCACGAUGAUGUUAUUGACGAAGCCGGAACUAGGAGAGGAAAACCGACAGCAAAUGUGAAAUGGGGAAACAAAAGAGUAGGUUGUUUCGAAUAGCUACUGGGUUAAAAAAUUGAACUUAUACAUAGACUUGUGAUAGAAGGGUAAGGAUAUAGUUUGAUAUAGUCAUGAAUAACGUUUUAGGCAGUACUCGGUGGUGACAGAAUCCUAGCACGGGCUACAAAAUUACUGUGCAUGACCAACGACCCUACUGUAAUUACAACCAUGGCUUCAAUUGUCGACAACUUGGUCGAUGGAGAGUUCAUGCAGUUAGAAGUCAACCCAACGGCCGACGCCGUAACCAGGUUUCAGCAUUACAUGCAGAAGACCUACUAUAAGACGGCCAGUUUGUUCGCAAAUUCUUGUUUAUCUGUAUCUAUUCUUGCAGGUGGGUGUUGUUUUAGUAAGAAAUUUUAUAAGAUUAUAAUAGAAAUAUAAUUUUUAAAUUCUGGAUGGUUUUAAGAUAAUAUUCUCUUUGUAGGUCGGAACUUUAUGUCAAUAUACGUUAGUAUUCACAUAUUUUUGUAAUACAUCUUUCAGGAUGUCCCAUAGAACAACGUCAGAAGGCCUACGAUUUCGGCCGUCACUUCGGAUUGUCAUUCCAACUCGUAGAUGACAUGUUAGACUACGUAGCCAGCUCGGCAGAACUGGGAAAGCCGUCUGUCGCGGACCUAAAGCAAGGUCUAGCUACAGGACCAGUUCUGUUCGCAGCCCAAGAGUUUCCGGAACUCAAUGAAAUGAUUAAUAGACGGUUUGCCGAGAACGACGACGUCGAGAGGGCACACCGUAUCGUGCUGGAUUCUUCAGCUCUUCAACAGACCAGAGACUUGAUUAGGCAUCACACACAAACUGCCAUAAGCCUGGUAAGUCGUUUUUAGAAUUUUUAGCUUGAGUUUUUUUAUGGGCUUGUAAGUUAUGUUAGAUAAAAAAUUUUUUGCGCAAUAUUUUUUUUAAAAAGUUUCAUUUCUUAUCAACUUGGUUCUAAAAAUCGACCAGUUUAAAAAUUUACAAUACUACUGCCCAUGUUAUCGUAUGUUAUGUUACAGGUGAAGGAGCUGGGCAACAGUGCCGCCAGCGAUUCCCUCGUCAAGCUUGCAAAUUCACAAAUGUUUCGGGAGCGAUAG